AAAAUUUGGCAAUACGCACAUGUUAUAUUGUGUUGUUUGUUUGUACUAUUUUGAAUUUUAUCGUUUAUGUAUAUUUUUUUUUGUAGAUCUGAACUUUACGUAUUAUAACGUAGAGCAUUCUCGACAAUGGGUAACUGUUUCACUCUAUGCCGAGUUUGGAAUUAUAAACUGUUUGUAAACUGAUAAAAGCCGAAAGAGAUUAUUCCACUGUAAUCUUAUUUAAACUUAGAGUUUAUAUUCUUGGCAGUGAGAGGCAUUCUUUUAGUCUUUUUCGUCGUCUUUUGUCUGUGGGGAGCAACGAAAACCGGGUAACAGAGAUUACAAAAACCUUGAGACUUUGUCAGUGACUCUAAGUUACGGAAAGAACUGGAGAUGGAACGCCAUUGUUUGUUGGUGAACUCAGAGUGCAUUGUGGGUGAAAUGUGUGCGGUCGCUGGCGGUUUUCGUGGUCCCGACAGUUAGGCAAGGUGUCCUGUUCCUGAUUGCAGAACAUGGUGUUAAGCUUAAGGGUGUCGGAACUGCAGGUGCUGUUAGGCUUUGCGGGUCAGAGUAAGUUCGGCAAGAAGAACGAAUUGCAAGCUAGAGCUGUUAAUUUGAUACGUCGCAACUCCGUCCCCAUUAAGAUGAAGAUAAUGGAACUGUACGAUUCGAUCCAGCAGGGCCACACCGCUGGCUCCUUGAACGCUGCCCCCGUCCCUGACGCCACCAGCGACAUGGCAGCCCGCCGCAACGCAGCCCGCCAGCCCCAGCUGCGCCCCAUGUACCCCGCCUACGCCACGCAGCCGCCCCUGCCCCAGAUCCCCAUGCCGCGCCCCAACCUGUACCCCAUGCCGGUGUACAACCCCUACCAGCAGCCCAACAUCACCCAGCCCCCGGCGGUGACCGCGGCCACCAGCUACCCCCUCUGCCCCGACGUCAAGCUGAAGAAGCUGCCCUUCUACGACGUGUUGGGGGUGCUCGUCAAGACGUCUAGUCUGAUGCCUCAGGGCUCGCAGCGACCGCAGGAGGCCAACUUCGUGUUCCACCUGACGCCCCAGCAGUCCACCGACAUCGGGGUGAACCGGGACACGCGGCCGGGCAGCAAGCUCGACUACCUCAACCAGGUGCAGGUGCGGUUCUGCCUGCUGGACACCACCACGGAGCAGGACGACUGCUUCCCGUCCGGCAUCGCCCUCAAGGUCAACGGCAAGACCUGCACCCUGCCCGCAGCCAUCCCCCCCAACAGGCCAGGGGUGGAGCCCAAGAGGCCACCGCGUCCUGUCAACGUGACCAACUGUGUGAAGAUCAGCCCUGUGGUGACCAACCACAUAACAGUGCAGUGGAAUCCUGAGUUUGGCCGCAUGUUCACCAUCUCGGCCAACCUGGUCAAGAAGCUCACCGCGGACGAUCUGCUGCAGAGGCUACGACUCAGGGGGUUCCGCCCCACCGACUACACCAAGGGCAUUAUCAAGGACAAGUUGAACGAGGACCAGGAGGGCGAGAUAGCCACCACGUCCCUGCGAGUGUCCCUCAUGUGCCCGCUCAUGAAGACCCGCAUGAUCUUCCCCUGCCGAGCCACCACCUGCAACCACCUGCAGUGCUUCGACGCCAAGGCCUACCUCAACAUGAACGAGCGCAAGCCCACCUGGAUGUGUCCCGUCUGCAGCAUGCCCUGCCUCUUCGACAACCUCAUGCUGGACGGGUACUUCCAGGACGUGCUGCAGUCGCCCACGCUGCCGGAGGACGCCCUGGAGAUACAGCUGCUGCAGGACGGCUCGUGGACCGCCAUGUCCGUCAAGGAGGAGCUGCCCAGCUCCUCGAACAAGGCGGUGGUGCACAGCGAGAUCAUCGCGGAUGACGUGGAGGAGGUGACGACCGGCGAGCAAGACAAGGAGGCGGUGUCGGCCCCGGACAAGGAGCUGGGGGCCAUCGACCUGACGCUGAGCGACGGGGAGGAAGAGACCGCGGCGUCCGUCAAGGCCGACCCAGAGCCCGUCAAGGCGGCGGGCAACGAGAAGUCAUCGCCAGCACCUGCGUCUGCCCCCACCCCACCAGCCAGCUCCCUCGGUGACUCCGUGGUGCUUAUCGACUUGACUUAACUACACUGCUGAGCAAUCCUGAUACACAUUGAUUGGUGCGCCCCUUUUUGUCGAGGCGUGUGGGUGAUGAUUGCAUCGUGAAGUGUUGAUUUCCUGGAAAGUUGUGAUCUCAGUGGAACGUGAGAAGACAUCUAUCCGUUGAUUCUAUAUUAUGUACGUACUACCUAUGUUUUAGCAUUAACCGUUGCUGACUUCAACAGCUGUGUCUGUGGUUGGUUGCGUUCUCCCUACGUAUUUGCGUGUGAAGAAAUGAGUUGAAGUACGCUUAUGGACUUUGGCCACCAUUAGCUGGUUCUGUGUGUCUGGUAUUGAAUUCAAUUUUUUUAUUAACAAAGUUUUAAUGAAAUCUACACGUCUUUCAAAAGA